GCGCGGGGCGGAGGUGCGGCGCCGCCAAUCCCAGACAAAGGCCGCCCCGUAAAUCAUGUGGUGCCGGGAGGAAGUCGACUUGUUUUCUUUCCUCCAGCUGCCGGCCGGGCGGAGCGAUGCGCGGAGACCCCCGUGGGGUCGGCCAGCCCUGAUGAGGCCCGAGUCCCCGGCCGCGCCGCAGCGCCCUCGGCCCGAUGGCGGCUCCGCGCUGGGACCCACUCCGAAACGACUCGCUGCCGCCCACGCUGACCCCGGCAGUGCCCCCCUACGUGAAGCUCGGCCUCACCAGCGUCUACACCGCCUUCUACUCACUGCUCUUCGUGUUCAUCUACUUGCAGCUCUGGCUGGUGCUGCGCUACGGCCACAAACGACUCAGCUACCAGAGCGUCUUCCUCUUCCUCUGCCUCUUCUGGGCCUCCCUGCGGACCGUCCUCUUUUCCUUCUACUUCAGGGACUUUGUGGCGGCUAACGCGCUUAGUCCCUUCGUCUUCUGGCUGCUUUACUGCUUCCCCGUGUGCCUCCAGUUCUUCACCCUCACACUCAUGAACUUGUAUUUCACGCAGGUGAUUUUCAAAGCCAAGUCAAAGUAUUCUCCAGAAUUACUCAAGUACCGGUUACCCCUCUACCUGGCCUCGCUCCUCAUCAGCCUCGUGUUCCUCUUGGUGAAUCUCACCUGUGCCGUGCUGGUGAGGACGGGCAGCUGGGAGAGGAAAGCCAUCGUCUCCGUGCGCGUGGCCAUCAACGACACGCUCUUCGUGCUGUGUGCCGUCUCGCUCUCCGUCUGCCUCUACAAAAUCUCCAAGAUGUCCUUGGCCAACAUUUACUUGGAGUCCAAGGGCUCCUCCGUGUGUCAGGUGACCACCGUCGGUGUGACCGUCAUCCUGCUGUACACCUCCCGAGCCUGCUACAACCUGUUCACCCUGUCCUUCUCUCAGAGCAGGAGCGUCCACUCCUUUGAUUACGACUGGUACAAUGUGUCAGACCAGGCAGACCUGAAGAACCAGCUGGGAGAUGCCGGCUACGUGGUAUUCGGAGUCGUCCUUUUCGUGUGGGAGCUCCUGCCUACCACCUUAGUCGUCUACUUUUUCCGAGUUAGGAAUCCUGCAAGGGACCUUACCAGUCCUGGGAUGGUCCCCAGCCAUGGAUUCAGCCCCAGAUCCUACUUCUUUGACAACCCCCGAAGAUAUGACAGUGAUGAUGAUCUUGCCUGGAACAUUGCCCCCCAGGGACUCCAGGGAAGUUUUGCUCCAGACUACUAUGACUGGGGACACCAAGCCAACAGCUUCCUGGUUCCAGCAGGAACUCUGCCACCAGACUCAAGUUUGGAUCCUGACAAGCCCAGCCAUGGGCAGCACCAGUGAACGGUUUCGUGGACAAUUCCUCGGGUGGAAAACUUCAGGAAGACUAACUUAAUGACAGCUCACUCUUUAGGGCACUUUUCCUUAAGAAGUAGGACUUGAUUUUUAUUUGUUAUAGGUUUCUAAGGGCUCCACAGGACUAAGCAAUAACUUAGAAUCUAAAUUUUAGAUUGACAAAACCUUAGUUUAGUACUAAAAAGGGAGCCUGGCUGCCUAUUUCAGUGGGUAUAAUUUAAACUUCAAAAAUUCCAUACUUUUAUAAAAAUGUAUUUUAUAUAACUUAAAUAGUAGUGCUAAAAUAUAGCAGGGGGUUUUGAGAAUGUUACUGCAAUGUUACAGUUUGCACAGACUUUUAUGCAUAACUCACUUUAAAAGUAAACAGUAUAUGGUCUGAGGGCUUUUUUAGGCUUUUGGACUAAAGCAUUCCUCGAAUCCUUACCUCUUCACUCGGAUCCUGGCCUCCGCGCUGGCAGCCUCUAUGCACGGCUCCAGUGGCGAGGGUGACACUCUAGCAGAAUGUCAACAGGCCAAGUAUGAGCUCCCUGGCUCCUUACGGUUUAAGACCCAGAUAGUUGGUCCCUCCAAGAAAACCAAUUUUGCCAAAAGUCUGGUACUCUUCAGGAGGGCGCUAGUGGGUACACUCAGAUGAUGAUGUCGAAGGUGUUGGUAGUGCUGACUCACACCCGUAAACCUCCUCCGCUCCCCUCAGAGGUGUACAGCCUUUCUUCAGCUCUGUGAAGCGGAAUUACCUCAGGACCACAGCAGGGGCGCGCCUUUCCCGCGCACGGAACGCCCCUGCCGCUGCAGGAACUCCAAGGGGCUCUCAUAGGGGGUCAGUAAGAAAGACCCCGGGGCCCUUGAGCCGGAAGGCAGCAUGGAACCCUAACUGGUUCCCUUAAUCUCCACCCACAUUUAAAACAACACCCUUUAUUUUUCAGUAGCUGGCUCCGCGGCGCUUCACGUGGGAGAAGCGCGGGCUCCCUCACGUGACUUCCGCCUCCACCACGUGAAGGGCACUCCGGGUUGGCUGCUGCUGUGUUCUCUAAUUGGAGAGCAACACCAGGAAAUACUAGUUCUCCAACCACAAGUGCCAUUCCAAAAUCUCACAUAUAUGCUCGUAUUCUGCAGUUGUAAAACUGCCUGUGAUAGGAGAUUGUGGCUCUUUACGGAGGCUACACAGAAACGAGGUGCGAAAGGAAGUGGUGUUGGCAGAGGGGCAGACUCUGCUCUGACCGGAGUCUCGCCGCUUGGGGAGGUGAAAGGAACUCGGUCUUGCCCGAAAGUCCCGCCUCCACGAGGAAACCCCGUUUUGCCCUUCAGGAAUAAUUCAUCUCUGGGCACUGAUUGCACAGACACCAAGCCCACCUUCUCUCAUCUCGAAGGGAUUUACAACUGGAUCUAUCUCCAGUUUUAAACAGGCCACGACUGGGUUUUCAUUUGUGCAGAGCAUCUCUUCCCUGCAUUUAACCCUCUUUCUCGCCUUUCAGUUUGUGGAAGAGUCAUACAUCAUGUAAAAUAGUUACUUCAGGGGAAGUUCUGCACUGAAGCAAAUUUGCACUGAUUAUUCAGGUCACCCUAAGAUAGAAGUUGUUAAUAGCUCUAAGAACACCCCUGCCAUUUGUCACCCAUCUUUGUGACUGAUCCUUAGGGGAAUUUACAAGCAGAGCUGGCAUAUGCUUGGAGCUCCUUUAAAUCAGGCUUUUGGGACAUGCUGCCCAUUCAAGGAUAGAGAUGUUUUUAAAGAAUACAGUGAUUAAAAUAUCACUAAAACUAUGUAGUUAUUACAUCUAUCCUAUGAUACUUUAUUAUUCUGUUAUUACUGGCAAGAAAAUUGAAAUACCUAGCAUUUACUGGUAAAAACCAUAAUCUGUUUUUGUGAUGAAGCUACUAGUAUUUAUUUGAACUAUUCUUUUUUCAUUAGAAAGGAUAAAAAUGUUCUAAGUGCCCAUUUUUCUCUUUUUAAAAAUAACGCUAAAGCACAUCUAGAGUAUUAAACACAUCUAGAAUAUUAAAAACUAUGUAUCAAACUAUUUUUCUCUUGUAAUACAUGGUCAUAUACACCCUGUGAAUAUGGGGCAGAUUUGGAUGGAAAGGAAAACCAAAACUUCCUUUAGUUUCUUGUGCUGCUAAGUACACUAACAAACAAAGCAACUCCUUACGUGGAAUGGUUAAAGGCUAAGAAAAGGCAAGGAAUGGCGAUUUCCGUCCUGAAAGCACCCAAAUGUCUUGAUUUUUAAGGACACAUGAGGAAAUUAAAGGGAAGAAUGUACGGAGAAGAGCCAGUAUCCUCGUGCAUUUUGUACCAUCACCCAUCUCUCCUGAUUCCCCACGAAUUCCAACGCCUGUCAGGUUUCUGAGCAGCUGUUGGAAUUCUGUGGAACAGCCAACUGCAGAGUGGACAUCUUCAACUCUUUCUCAUUUUUACAAUUAACCCAUUUAAUUGAGCUGAUGAUUAAAAUGUCCAGGGUGUGUUACCCACAGGGCUGUGGACUCUUAAAUUUUAUCUUACAAUAUACACAGCAGUCACAGGACACUUCCCACUUGGGCAUGUCAGGCACGUGGUUAACUGCAAGUUACCAUGUUCAGCUGCAAAGGUCAGGCAGUCUCUAGGACACUGUCAGGGGUUUCCUGUUUUACAGAAAUCCCCAAGAACUGCUUUCAGUGGCCUUGAGCGCUCAACCCCUACUGAGAGGAGAGGACUAAGCAUUAGUGCACCCAAGAGUGAGAAGUGCUUUGAGAAAAGGGUUCCCACUUAUAGUUAGUUACCCAAUGGAUAUCACUACAAUAUUGUUUUUAUUUUUGACGAUAAAGGUGAACUUACAUUAGAAAUAAAUGGAUCUAAAUAUUUGAAACUUUAUCAAGAUUUCCAGUGGAAGAGACUUGGUUAAAAAAAAACACCUUGCGCCCCUUCAGACUGCAGCAUGGUAAAAUGUAGACUCAUGGGAUCUGACUGAAAACACAGCUAAUACACAUUUCCAUCUUUCACUCCACAUGAGGGAGAAUUUUACUUAUCAAAAACAUUUCUAACUGUGCAUAGGGCUACUUCAGACCUCUCACAGUCCACAGGGAGGAGCUUUUGGAAAGCUUCAGGCAAACAGUGGAAUUCUCAUCAAAGACUAUCA